UUAUCAGCGACGGAAAUGUAAAACAGCUGGAUGCUGUACGAAUGUUUUUUAAAACCUCCUCUGUGGCUCAGUACCUCUUAUUUUUUUAUUUUUACUUUAUAUUCGAGUACACCGACGAUAUUGGAUUAUCACCCAUUAUUUUUAUUUCUUUCUGUUUUUUUUUUUUUAUUCUGUUAACAUAAGGUCGGUCGUUAAACAUGUUAGCCGUUUUUACGAAAUGUACUCUACAAAAAGCGGGCUCGCACACCAUCCGCCCGUUGUCCACCGUCAAUUUCGAUAUCCAACACAAGCAUCCACAAAGCAGAAGACAAGUUGGAUUGCCAAGAGCCAGGUAUGGCGGCAGGAAUGCCGUUACUAUGUUACCCGGUGGAGGCAUUGGACCCGAAUUGAUGAGCUAUGUCAAAGAAGUUUUCAAGCAUGGAGGUGUACCAGUUGACUUCGAGACUAUUCAGAUUGAUCCACAAAGUGAUAACAAUGAUGACCUGCAAUAUGCCAUUAUGUCUAUACGUAGAAAUGGUGUAGCUAUCAAAGGUAAUAUUGAAACGCGAAGUCUCGAUACGGGUAUCAUUUCACGUAAUGUAGCCAUACGUAAUGAACUUGAUUUAUUUGUGAAUGUCAUUAACGUUCAAUCAUACAACAAUUUGCCAAGUCGUCACAAAAAUCUUAAUGUCAUUGUUAUACGUCAAAAUACCGAAGGUGAAUAUGCAAUGUUAGAACACGAGAGCGUUGAUGGAGUUGUCGAAUCUAUGAAAAUUAUUACAAAAGAAAAUUCCCAACGGUUGGCUCGGUAUGCAUUCGAAUUAGCCAAGAACAACGGUCGCAAAAAAGUUACUGCAGUUCACAAAGCAAAUAUUAUGAAAUUGUCUGAUGGAUUAUUUUUAGAAACUUGCAAAAAAAUGUCUACUGAAUAUCCUGACAUCAAGUUUGAACACAUGAUUAUUGAUAAUUGUUGUAUGCAACUGGUGUCUAAUCCUCACCAGUUUGAUGUGAUGCUUAUGCCAAAUCUGUAUGGAUCAAUUGUGUCUAAUGUAAUAUGUGGUCUUGUGGGUGGUGCUGGCCUUAUAUCUGGAAGAAAUUAUGGUGAUCAUUAUGCAGUUUUUGAGCCAGGUACCAGGAACACGGGUUCGUCUAUUGCGGGUACGAACACUGCUAAUCCAGUAGCCAUGUUAAGUGCAUCUGCUGAUAUGUUGGAACAUCUGGGUCACAAAAUACAUUGCCAAAUUAUUAGAACAGCUAUAGCCAAAACUCUCGAAGAAGACAUGGUGCACACAGUUGAUUUGAAUGGUACAGCUUCAAGUACUGAUAUUGUACAUAAUGUUAUUAAACAUGUAAAAAAUAUGGCUGGCAGACUACCUUAAUUUUAUAUUAAUUGUUCAGAGAGACCUUUAAAUUAUUAUUUUGAAAAGAAAAUUAAUUUGUUACAAAUGUUUUCCCAGUAUCCUAACUAAAAGUUAUUUCUAGUAUUAUUGUUUGAGUCAUUAAAUAAAUAAAAUUUUAUUCAUAACCACUA